AUGAACGGCCCCGGAGAAAAGACGUUCAAGCAGCUGUGGCGCGAGCUAUGCAAGGAAGGCUGGAAGGCACGCAAGCCUACCGGCGUGGCGAAGGAUCACCGCUAUGUGAAGCCAGGGAUCAAGGGUCGUCUCGACGGAGCAAAACGUGGAAUCGACUUCUUUGAGGGUGGGUAA